AUGAAUUUCAUGUAUGAAGGUUGUCAACUAAAUUUGGCAUACUUUGUGAAAUCUGUCAUGUUUGAAUCCCAAGAGGCAAUUGGAUUACCAUAUGCAAAGGAAGUUUCCCAAAUUUUGGAACACUUUGGGGUGGACUUCUCAGAUGAAGUCAUGUAUACACCCGCAAAAGAAAAUAUGUUGGAUAUGGGCGUCCUGCCUAGCAUGUGGAUAGUAUGGAAUGAGCAACUUGAAUCUUUUGUGCAUAAAGGUGAUUAUGAUCAACCAUCUGAUGCUGCUCAAGAAUACACUGUUGGACCCUCAAAUGCUGCUGCCCAGGCUGAUGAAGAUGUUGUUACAGGGUAUAUGAAGAAGUCUAGAACACUUCACUACAUGGCAGCAAAAAGGGUUUUGAGACACAUUAAAGAAACCAAUGAACUUGGACUGUUAUAUCCCAAAAAUUCGAAUGGAAAUGAAGCUGAACUGGCUGACUUCAUUGAUGUUGACUGGUGUGGAGAUAAAGAUGAAAGGAAGAGCACCACAGGCUAUUAA